AUGGGCGGCGAGAAUAACAAGACGCAGACAUCAGAGUCAGCGAUCGACUUCCUCAAGAAGUGUGCCCGCGAAGAGCCAAGCGAUACUUGGAGGGGUGGGACGAGUGCAAUAGAGAAUCCAGACAUGGCUACUCCUCAGGUUGCUUUGUCCGGCAAGACUUUUGGAUUCGUGCGAAAACGGGUCUCGAUGGAUCGGGGAAUGCGCUGGACAGGAGUAGACAGACUUGCAGGCCACAAGGCUGAGGGUCCUGAGGGUUCUCGGGGCCGAAUCACGAAGAGGAGGUCUGGGAAGAGCGGAUUUACUUUGAUCCGGCGUGGCACAUCGGCGCAGACUUCGUCUCAGAAGCCGAUGGAGAUUCAAGGACACGAAGAUCUUCUCUCUUCCCAAGCAUUUUGCCCCCCUCUACCCCCCGACUUACGCGGUCCUUCGUCAGCCAGUCGACUUGCACCGCCAUCUAGGCACCCAGAAUAA